GAUAAGGUCUGAUUUUACUAGAGGUGUUACGUUUGUUGAGAUGUUCAUGUUUCAGCUGUGUGGUCAUUUGUGAUUUACAGUGAAAAUUAUUGCUUAGUUAGUAGUGUAAACCGAAGUUACAUUUCAAAUUUUCACCAUCCUUUAUCUUUCAUUUUAUUACAUUAAUAAAUUUUUACAGAGAUGACUUUUAGUAUUGUAAACCCAGAAUCACAAAAGUCGCAACCUUUUAGCCCAAACCUCAAGUGUAUUCCAAUAAAUGAUCAAAUUCGUGAGCUUCAGACAGUUAUUCGUGAUAAAAACACAACCAGGAGUGAUUUUGUUUUCUAUGCUGAACGAUUGAUACGUUUGGUUGUGGAAGAAGGCCUAAACCAACUUCCUUUUACUCCUUGUACUGUUACAACACCUACUGGUGGGACUUAUGAAGGUUUGCAGUAUUUGAAAGGAAACUGUGGUGUCAGCAUAGUUCGUAGUGGAGAAGCCAUGGAGCAGGGGCUUCGAGACUGUUGUAGGUCAAUUCGCAUUGGAAAAAUUCUUAUCCAAAGUGAUGAAGAUACUCAUGAGGCCCAAGUGGUUUAUGCCAAGUUUCCAGAAGAUGUUGCUCACCGCAGAGUCUUGCUUAUGUAUCCCAUAAUGAGUACAGGAAACACAGUUAUUAAAGCUGUGAAGGUUCUGAAAGAACAUAGAGUUCCAGAAGAAAACAUAAUUCUUUUGAAUCUGUUUUGUACUCCUCAUGAUAUCUUCUGGAAGGACAUCCAUUACAAUUAUGAAGAGGGAACGGGUUGAGGACUGACCCUUGAUGCAAUCUUACCUUUACUUCCAAUUCAUCAGUAUUUCUUUGUUUUGUUCUUACCCACAUCUUUAAUUAAACCUUCAUAUAUCCCUUGGAUCAUUCUGACAGUUUUUUUAUGUUAUCACACUUGAUUCUGCUUCCUUAAUUUAGCUUUAUUUAUUUAAUUCUAAAAACAUCAUAGGUGAAGAGGUUAAUUGUAACACCCAUUUUUUUUGUCUGUAAUUAAAUAUAUUGCAUUGAUAUCUUCCUAUUACAAGAAUAUAUUUAUGGUAACUUUCUUUUUCCUUUAUUUAAUUAGAAGUUUAGGUUAAUAUAACAAUUGUGGAGUGUUGCAUUUGAUGUUUGUGUAUCUUUGUUGUAGACUGGAAAAGCUUUGCAUCUUUUUCUAGUAAGGCAUCACAUUUUUCUUAUUUAUUUUAUAAAAAUUUGGUCAUUAUUAAUACUUUGUACAAAAGGAAGUGAAAUUAUAUAUUUUAUGUUUUUAAAUUUAGUUUGUGCCUUUCCAUGUUUUUUAAAUAAUUA